AUGUCAGAAACUCCUCCGGACGAUUCCCUUUGGGGAGGUGACACUCCCGUUGCUCACCAUGUCGAUGUCGCCCAAGCGGAGGCCGAUUUUGAGUUGCUAUCUCGACAACUAACGAGGCGUGCCACUGCCGUUCAGAACGAGAAGGAUCUCGAAAAGAAGGAUAUCGAGAAGAGCAUUGAGGAACAGCCCUUCGACCUACGUGAAUACCUCUCCUCCUCGAAUGACGCGAACCAGGAAGCCGGCAUCAUGCACAAGCAUGUCGGUGUCACUUGGGAACGGUUACGCGUCGAUGUCAUCGGCGGAACAGGCCAUAAGAUAUAUGUCAAAACGUUCGGCACGGAUGCACUCAACUUUUUCCUCACGCCCAUCCUAUGGGCAUGGUCACUCAUUACAUGGAUGGUCCCCGUGAAGCGCCACAUGGAAACUACUACAAUCCUUCAUGAGUCUGACGGUGUUCUCAAACCUGGAGAAAUGUGUCUGGUCUUGGGUUGUCCCGGAGCUGGAUGCACUACUUUCCUCAAAACGAUAGCGAAUGAUAGGGAGUCGUACGCAAAUAUCUCGGGCGACGUGCUCUAUGCUGGAAUUGAUGCACAUGAAAUGGCUAAAAUGUACAAGGGUGAAGUCACCUAUAAUCAAGAAGAUGAUCUACAUAUUGCAACGCUGACUGUUUCCCAGACUCUUGAGUUUGCUCUGUCGCUUAAGACUCCUGGCCCGAAUGGUCGUCUCCCUGGAAUGUCUCGUAAAGAGUUCGAUCAGACCGUGAAGAAUACUCUCCUCCGUAUGCUGAAUAUCUCGCAUACCGCGAACACGUACGUUGGCGAUGAGUUUGUCCGUGGCGUCUCUGGAGGGGAGCGUAAGCGUGUCUCCAUCGCAGAAAUGAUGGCUACGCGCGCGCAUGUCUUGUGUUACGAUAAUUCCACUCGAGGUCUCGACGCGAGUACUGCCCUCGACUUCAUCAAGGCUCUGCGAGUAAUGACCGACGUUCUUGGGCAGACUGUGUUUGUGACGUUGUACCAGGCUGGCGAGUCGAUCUAUGAGCAGUUUGACAAAGUUCUCGUCCUGGACAAGGGUCGCCGAGUAUACUUUGGCCCGCCUGCCCAAGCCCGCCCCUAUUUUGAAGGCUUAGGCUUCUUGCCAAUGCCCCGCCAGAGUACUCCGGAUUACGUGACAGGCUGUACCGAUCCUAAUGAACGCCAGUUUGCACCCGGCCAUUCCGAGGCGGACGUACCUUCGAGCCCCGAGGAACUGGAAUCUGCCUUCUUGGGCUCGUCAUUCGCUCGUGAAAUGAAAAUGUCGCUAGAGGAAUACAAGAAGUUGAUGGCGGCGGACAAGGCGGACCAGGAGGCGUUCCGGGCUGCCGUGCUCGCUGACAAGAAGCGGGGGGUCUCGAAGAAGAGCCCGUACACGCAGGGCUUCAUUGGCCAAGUUCGUGCCUUGACUCUUCGUCAAUUCCGCAUGCGGCUCCAGGACAGGUUCCAGCUCAUCACCAGUUUUGGCUUGUCCAUCGUCCUCGCCCUUGUUAUCGGCGGUGCGUACUUCGACCUAAAGCCGGAUUCUGCUGGCGCGUUCACGCGGGGUUCGGUGAUUUUUGCUGGAAUGCUCACCGUCGCCUUGGACACGUUCGGAGAGAUGCCUGCGCAAAUGCUCGGACGGCCGAUUAUCAAGAAACAGACCAGCUACAGUCUGUACCGUCCAGCGGCUGUAGUAAUCGCCAACACGUUCGCAGACAUACCUUUCUCCGCAUCGAGGGUUUUCAUCUACAACGUAAUAAUCUAUUUCAUGGCCAAUUUAUUCCGUUCCGCAGGCGGCUUCUUCACAUUCCACCUCUUUGUCUACUUGACAUUCCUUACGAUGCAAGGGUUCUUCAGGACGUUCGGGUACAUGUGCUCGAAUUUUGACGCUGCAUUCCGGAUCGGAACCUUCUUCAUACCGAACAUGGUUGGGUAUACAGGUUACCAGAUUCCUGUCUUGACGAUGAAACGCUGGUUGUUUUGGAUUUACUACAUAGACCCCCUCGCGUAUGCGUUGACUGCGUGUCUGGAGAAUGAAUUCAUGCGAUUUGACGUGACGUGCAAUGGCAAUUACAUCGUACCCCGGAACCCCCCCGGUUCUACCACCUACCCGGAUGGUCUUGGUCCGAACCAGGUCUGUACUUUGUACGGAUCUGUGCCAGGCCAGACCUUGGUUUCCGGCCAUUCGUAUCUGGAAACUGGGUACGGAAUUAACACGCAUGAUCUUUGGCGUCGUAAUUUCCUUGUGCUCGUGGGCUUCUUCUUCUUGUUCCAGCUCACGCAGGUCCUCUUGGCAGAGUUCUACACGCAAUUCGGCAGUGGUUCUGGUGCUACCAUUUUCGCUAAGGAGGAUGCUGACAUGAAAGCUCGCAAUGCUGUCCUCCGCGAAAAGAAGGAGCAACGCGCCGGACAGUCCGGCGCAGACAAAAAAGAAAAGCUCGAGCUGACUGAGUCUCGGACGUCGCAGGCCCAGAGCAAUACGGUCGCCCAGCGCAGGAGCUUCACGUGGGAGAAGAUCAACUACUUCGUUCCAGUGGAAGGAGGUACUCGCAGACUUCUCCAUGACGUAUAUGGAUAUGUCAAGCCCGGCACAUUGACUGCGUUAAUGGGCUCGUCCGGAGCAGGCAAAACAACAUGUCUGGAUGUUCUCGCACAACGCAAGAACAUUGGUGUUGUCUCGGGUGAUUUGCUUCUGGAAGGACGUGCCCUUCCGCGCGACUUCGCGCGUAGGACGGCUUAUGCUGAGCAGAUGGAUGUGCACGAAGGUACCGCAACUGUGAGAGAGGCGAUGAGGUUUUCAGCAUAUCUUCGUCAGCCCAGCGACGUUUCCAAAGCCGAGAAGGACGCUUACGUGGAGGAGAUGAUUGAGGUCCUCGAGUUACAAGACCUCGCUGACGCGGUGGUGUACAGCCUUGGUGUCGAAGCGCGCAAGCGACUAACGAUUGGGGUGGAACUUGCGAGCAAACCGUCCCUACUUUUCUUAGAUGAGCCAACCUCUGGCUUGGACGGCCAGAGCGCGUGGAAUGUUGUCAGGUUCUUGCGCAAACUCGCAGAUGGUGGACAGGCCAUCCUCUGCACCAUCCACCAGCCCUCCAGCAUGCUCAUACAGACAUUCGACAAGCUGCUUUUACUGGAACGCGGAGGUGAAACGGUAUAUUUUGGAGAUAUCGGAGCAGACUCACGUAUCCUCCGGGCAUAUUUUGCUCGUCAUGGAGCGGUAUGCCCCAAUAAUGUGAAUCCUGCCGAGUUCAUGUUGGAUGCAAUAGGUGCCGGCUUAGCUCCUCGUAUCGGCGAUAGGGACUGGAAUGACAUCUGGCUGGAUUCCCCUGAAUAUGCUGAGGUACGAGCCGACAUAGAUCGCAUCAAGCAUGAAGCGGAUCGCCCGCAGAAUGAGUCUGACGCUGCAACUACAUAUGCGGCGCCCUUCUGGUACCAAAUGCAGGUAGUAGUAAAGCGCAAUACUAUGAUGUUGUGGCGCUCCCCGGAUUAUGUCUUUAGUCGCCUUUUCGUGCAUGCUUUCAUAUCAUUGUUCGUCUCGCUGCCGUUCCUGCGACUUGGGAACAGUGUGCGUGAGCUCCAAUAUCGCGUCUUUGGCAUAUUUUGGACCACGAUCGUACCUGCAAUUAUCAUGGGCCAGUUGGAACCGCUGUGGAUUCUCAAUAGAAGAAUAUUCAUUCGAGAAUCAUCCAGCCGUAUCUAUUCGCCGUACGUGUUCGCUGUCGCCCAGCUCGUCGGUGAAAUACCUUAUUCGAUACUUUGUGCCAUCCUAUAUUGGGUGCUCAUGGUAUACCCGAUGGGAUUCGGCAAAGGAGCAGCGGGAACGAGAGGCACAUUUUUCCAGCUCCUAGUCAUUCUGUUCAUGGAGUUAUUCGGUGUGAGUCUAGGCCAGUUGAUUGGGGCACUCUCCCCGAGUAUGCAGAUCGCUCCGCUGUUCAAUCCCUUCAUCGGUGUGUUCUUGGGGACUUUCUGUGGGGUCACCAUACCGUACCCUACGAUGGAGAAAUUCUGGAAAACCUGGAUGUACCAGCUAGAUCCGUUCACUCGCACCCUCAGCUCUAUGCUGUCGACUGAAUUACAUGGUCUCGUCAUUCGGUGUCGCAGCGAUGAGUUCUCCAUCUUCAACCCGCCAUCCGGACAGACCUGUCAGCGUUGGGCGGGCGAGUUUGUCGCUGCAUUCGGUGGUUACCUGAACAACCCAAACGCCACUGAAUCCUGCCAGUACUGCCAGUACGCUUCCGGCGAUGAGUACUUCACGCCGCUGAACAUUCGAUACUCGAACCGUUGGAGGGAUGCCUUUAUUUUCUUGUCGUACUCUGUGUUCAACGUCAUUGUCACGAUCAUUGCCUCGCGCUUCCUGCGCUACGCGAAACGUUAG